AUGGGUAAGGAAAAGGGACACAUUAACAUUGUCGUUAUCGGUCACGUCGAUUCUGGUAAGUCUACCACUACCGGACACUUGAUUUACAAGUGUGGUGGUAUUGACAAGCGUACCAUCGAAAAGUUCGAGAAGGAAGCCACCGAAUUAGGUAAGGGUUCUUUCAAGUACGCCUGGGUUUUGGAUAAGCUUAAGGCCGAACGUGAACGUGGUAUCACCAUCGACAUUGCCCUCUGGAAGUUCGAAACUCCCAAGUACUACGUUACUGUUAUUGAUGCCCCUGGUCACCGUGACUUCAUCAAGAACAUGAUUACUGGUACUUCUCAAGCUGACUGUGCCAUUCUCAUUAUUGGUGGUGGUACUGGUGAAUUCGAAGCUGGUAUCUCUAAGGACGGCCAAACUCGUGAGCACGCAUUGCUUGCCUACACCUUGGGUGUCAAGCAACUCAUCGUUGCUGUCAACAAGAUGGACUCUGUCCAAUACUCUCAAGCUCGUUUUGAGGAAAUUAUCAAGGAGACCUCCAACUUCGUCAAGAAGGUUGGUUUCAACCCCAAGACCGUUCCUUUCGUCCCCGUCUCUGGUUUCCAAGGUGACAACAUGAUUGAGCCUACCUCUAACAUGACCUGGUACCAAGGCUGGCAAAAGGAGAGCAAGGCUGCUGGUGUUGUUAAGGGUAAGACUCUUUUGGAAGCCAUUGACGCCAUUGAGCCUCCUAUCCGUCCCGUUGAGAAGCCUCUUCGUCUUCCUCUUCAAGAUGUUUACAAGAUCGGUGGUAUCGGUACAGUCCCCGUCGGUCGUGUUGAAACUGGUACUAUCAAGCCCGGUAUGAUCGUCAGCUUUGCCCCCGCUGGUAUUACCACUGAAGUUAAGUCCGUCGAAAUGCACCACGAGUCUCUCCAAGCUGGUCUUCCUGGUGACAACGUCGGAUUCAACGUCAAGAACGUUUCCGUUAAGGACAUCCGUCGUGGUAACGUUGCUGGUGACUCCAAGAACGACCCUCCUAUGGGCUGUGCUAACUUCACCGCUCAAGUUAUCAUUCUUAACCACCCCGGUCAAAUCUCCGUUGGUUACUCUCCUGUUUUGGAUUGCCACACUUCUCACAUUGCUUGCCGUUUCAACGAGCUCAUUGAGAAGAUUGACCGUCGUACCGGUAAGAAGAUUGAAGAAGCUCCCAAGUACGUCAAGUCCGGUGAUGCUUGUAUCGCACAAAUGCUUCCCAGCAAGCCUAUGUGCGUUGAAGCUUUCACUGACUACGCUCCUCUUGGCCGUUUCGCCGUCCGUGACAUGCGUCAAACCGUCGCUGUCGGUGUUAUCAAGGCCGUUGAGAAGUCUGCCCCUGGCCAAGCUAAGGUUACCAAGGCUGCCCAAAAGGCUGGUAAGAAGUAA